CGGCUCAUACUUUGACGUCACUGCAUUCGCCGCCAUGUUGGAUCAGGAAGUAGGCAGAGUUUCUGCAGGAAUCCCGAGCCGAGCUUAACGUCAGCGGCCGUUUCGGCUCGAUCCGACUCACUGUUUCCCCCUUAAACCCACCUUACAGAGUGAAGUUACAUGCGGCUCGCGCCUACCUCUGUUUGCAUCCGUUGUUUGUCUUCGAAUCCGAACAAGCUGCCGUCUUUUAGGGAUGACUUCUCUAACGCAGAGAACCUCGGGCCUCGUCCAACGGAAGACCGAGGCUAGUCGCAAUGCCGCCGCCGACAAGGAGAAGGGGUCUGGCGACGAGGACGACGAGGCCCGCCGCGGGGAGGAGGAAGACGACGACAAAGGGGACUCCAAGGAAACCAGACUUACGUUAAUGGAGGAAGUGUUGCUCCUGGGCCUCAAGGAUAGAGAGGGUUACACGUCUUUCUGGAACGACUGUAUUUCUUCCGGUCUCCGUGGGUGUAUGCUGGUGGAGCUGGCCCUCAGGGGGAGGCUACAUCUGGAGCCCUGUGGGGUCAGGAGGAAAAGCCUUCUUGCCAGAAAGGUAAUCUGCAAGUCUGAUGCUCCAACGGGAGACGUGCUGUUGGACGAGGCCCUGAAGCACAUUAAAGAAACCCAGCCUCCAGAAACUGUCCAGAGCUGGAUAGAGCUGCUGAGUGGAGAGACCUGGAAUCCCCUGAAGCUGCACUACCAGCUGAGAAAUGUCAGAGAACGCCUGGCGAAGAACUUAGUUGAGAAAGGGGUCCUGACCACAGAGAAACAGAACUUCCUGCUCUUCGACAUGACCACGCAUCCGCUCACCAAUAGCACCAUUAAGCAGCGCCUUAUCAAGAAGGUCCAGGACUCCGUUUUGGAUAAGUGGGUGAACGAUCCGCAUCGCAUGGACAAGAGGGUCCUAUCCUUGAUCCUUCUGGCUCAUUCGUCCGAUGUUCUCGAGAACGCCUUUGCCCCACUCCAAGACGACCAGUAUGACCUGUGCAUGAAGAGAGUCCACUCCCUGCUAGAGCUGGAGCCCGAGAAGGAGAGCACAAAGCCCAACGUCAAUGAACUAAUGUGGGCUGUCGUGGCAGCAUUCACCAAAUGAAAACACCGAUUCGGUUGGACUGAAAGAUCCGGUUCUGGUCUGUUAUUUAAUCGGUUGAAGGACUUCAUGAGACAGACCUCACUUUAAUGAGACAAUCUUUUCUGGUUGUGGAGCCUGUUUAUACAUCUACUUUGGUGGUAGACCAUAUUAACACAGUGCAGUCUGAUCGGUGGUGGGCUUCACCAAGUUAAGAGUUGAUUGGAUGGAAUGAAUGAAAAACGGGGGACUGCUUUCACUGAAGUGAGGUAAGUUAUGCGCUGCUGCAGCGUCGGAUGCAUCUAAAGACGUCGACACUACGAACACGUGGCUCCCUGUUCCUGUACGAUAACACCAGAUACAAAAAAAAAGGCUUAUGGCAGCAGUAGUCAUGGUGAAUAUGAAGAUAUUGGCUGGGGCCAAGUUUUGCUUGUAAAAAAAAAAUGUCAGAAACCCCAUCAUUUCUCCAUUUCCUAAACAUCUGGCCAGACUGACUGGUUUUUGUACCGUCUCACAUGCUAAUGCGAGGAGGAAAGAAAAGAGCAAACUGAUGCUUUGGGCUGGCACACGCCCUCUCCUUCCACCUUCUCAUUCCCCUCUGGGAAACCAUGCUUUUGGUUACUGAAUGUUUUACUGGUUUUCUCUGCUUUUUUCUCUACAAUUUGUCCAUUUUUUUCUCCUUCAUUGUUUUUUUUUUUUUUUUUUUGAAGAAGAAGAAAAUAAGAAAACUAAAACCAUCAGCUCGGUUCCCGAUGCGUAAAAAGUGAGCCUAUUUGGCCUUGAGAGACUUAAACCUAAAUGAAGAAUCAAGUCCAAGACAAAUUUUUAUGUUGCUGUUUUCACAGGAGUUAUCUCUGAGUUUGAAGAACAUAACUUCCUUUUUCUAUUUACGUUGCUAGUCAAUGUUGCUUGGAGUAGCCUCCCAUUUCUUAAGUGUUUUUGCACAGUCAAUAGCCCAGCAGGUGAGCGGUAUUUAUAGGCAUUUUCUGGGGGGGUUGCGCCACGCAGCAGUGUUUGAAAAUGAUGAACCUGGCGGCUAUGGAAAAAGCUAUAAGUGUUUCUGUGAAUAUUUUAAAAUCAUUCCUUUGGCCACAUUUAAUAAUGCAUCUGCUUACAUUUCUAUUUGUGGAUAAAUGUGCAAAGAAGCCCCCAGGUUAGUCUGUGACCAUCUUGUAGGAGAGCAACUAUGAACCUUACACGAAAGGCUGGGAGUCUUCAGCCAAACCGGCUAGUUUCAGUUCAAUCCAUUCUGUUUUAUUUUCAAAAAUAAAAAACAUUUCCCCCAAUGAACACUGGUGGUGUCUAGACAAAAUUGUCUGGUCGAGCUUUUGAGUUUUGCUUCUUUGUAAUUUCCUUUUGGAGGUUUGCAAAAUUCCAAAGCGACCACGCCUCGCACACUAACUCACACUUGACUGGUCCUCAAAAGUCACCCGUGUUUUCGUCGUAGAGGGGGAACGGCGUCCGUGAAUCCUCACCAGGAGAAAGCGUGGAAAUGUGCAAUCGGGUCGACCCCCUUUCUAUUUGCUGCUGGUGUGUGUCUCAGUCUGUUUGUACAUUUCCUCACCCAUCAGCUUCUUCUGUCAGAAAAAAAAAAAGAAAGUCCAGUGGGCAUCUUGUAUUUUUUUAUACAUACAGAUGUAGAGGCGGCGGGGGGUGGGGGGUGGGUACUCGGGUCCAAAUGAGUCUAAAUAAAAGCAUUGGAGCUCAAACUAACAACAAAUACAGUCUAGUUCAGUUCUAUUUAACUCCACCCUAUAUUUAUGAAUUAAAAAAGUAAUUCUCUUUCAGUUGAUAUAUUUUUGGAUGAUGUUACAACCUUUGAUUGCACACUCUUUUUUUUUUUUUAAUUUUUAAUUCUACUUGCAAAAAUAUCAAGGGGUAUAAAAAACGUCAGCUCCGUUUACAUGGAAGAGAUGCAUGCUUUUGGUGGAGGGCUGGGGUACUUGCGGAUGUAGCUACAGAGAAAAAAAAGGCUUGUAUGUAAUUAUUAGUCCUUUAAUGUGUACGAUCUAUUGGAAUUCGAUGAAAGGGAUCUUCUCUGCUAUCCUCUGAUUCUGUAUGCUUUUUGUAUUACAACACAAAAUAAAGUAAGGAUCCUUUAAGUGCCUGAAUUUA